UUCCCUGAAACGUACAAGGACCGUGGCGAGCUGGAGAGCGACGUUGGAGUGAGGAAGGCCUGCAGGUUCAAGCGGACCUGGCUGGGACCCUGCUCCGGUCUGGAGGGUCAGGAUGAAACCUUCGGCUUCAAGGACGGGAAACCCUGCCUGAUCGCCAAGCUCAACAGGAUCGUCAACUUCAGACCAAGGGUAUGUACACCUACACCUGCCCCACGCUAAUCCAGUUUAUAGCAUUGAUUAAGCUCGGUUAACGUAGAAGUAAAAUCUUGCGUAAUUUGGUGAUUUAACUUCUGGGUCUAUACCUGUUCGAAAUUGAGAGUUCCAGCAAAAACAAAGUCUCUACCCUCGUGAAAGGAAACUCUCAGCCAAAGCCCCCCCUCCCCCUUCCCCUUCCCCUUCCGAUUCGCGUGGGCACACGCCAAAGCCCCCCCUCCCCCUUCCGAUUCGCGUGGGCACACGCCAAAGCCCCCCUCCCCCUUCCGAUUUGCGUGGGCACACGCCAAAGCCCCCCUCCCACUUCCGAUUCGCGUGGGCACACGCCAAAGCCCCCCAUCCCCCUUCCGAUUUGCGUGGGCACACGCCAAAGCCCCCCCCCCCCCCCCCCCCCUUCCGAUUCGCGUGGGCACACGCCAAAGCCCCCCCUCCCCCUUCCGAUUCGCGUGGGCACACGCCAAGCCCCCCCUCCCCCUUCCGAUUCAUGUGGGCACACGCCAAGCCCCCCCUCCCCCUUCCGAUCCGCGUGGGCACACGCCAAGCCCCCCCUCCCCCUUCCGAUCCGCGUGGGCACACGCCAAGCCCCCCCUCCCCCUUCCGAUCCGCGUGGGCACACGCCAAAGCCCCCCCUCCCCCUUCCGAUUCGCGUGGGCACACGCCAAGCCCCCCCUCCCCCUUCCGAUUCAUGUGGGCACACGCCAAGCCCCCCCUCCCCCUUCCGAUCCGCGUGGGCACACGCCAAGCCCCCCCUCCCCCUUCCGAUCCGCGUGGGCACACGCCAAGCCCCCCCUCCCCCUUCCGAUCCGCGUGGGCACACGCCAAGCCCCCCCUCCCCCUUCCGAUCCGCGUGGGCACACGCCAAGCCCCCCCUCUCCCUUCCGAUCCGCGUGGGCACACGCCAAGCCCCCCCUCCCCCUUCCGAUCCGCGUGGGCACACGCCAAGCCCCCCCUCCCCCUUCCGAUCCGCGUGGGCACACGCCAAGCCCCCCCUCCCCCUUCGCCCAAUCCUGAUAUGUCUAAAUAACCAGUGACGGAAACCCCCCAGCUGAAAUACUGCUGUUUUAACAUCAAGCAUCCCAUUCAGUCCCGACAGAUUCUUCGGUCUACACGCAGAAUCUGCUCACGGGAGAUUAAUAAUAAUAAUAAUAAUAAUAAUAAUAAUAUGCCAUUUAGCAGACGCUUUUAUCCAAAGCGACUUACAGUCAUGUGUGCAUACAUCUUUUUUUUUUUUUGUGUGUAUGGGUGGUCCCGGGGAUCGAACCCACUACCUUGGCGUUACAAACGCCGUGCUCUACCAGCUGAGCUACAGAACAUCGAUUAGCAUUGAUUAGCUAACUGUAUUACAUUUAUUGAUUUAUUUUAGUUUUCUUCCAUUUCCUGUGGUAGACACAAUUCAGCUUUUAGCCCCCAUGUAUACUGAACUGAAACCAUCCUGUGAUCUUAUGGUAUCUUAUGUUCCAGAACAUAGCCUAUAUUCAAGACCCCCCAGACCUGAAACAUAGCCUAUAUUCAAGACCCCCCAGACCUGAAACAUAGCCUAUAUUCAAGACCCCCCAGACCUGAAACAUAGCCUAUAUUCAAGACCCCCCAGACCUGAAACAUAGCCUAUAUUCAAGACCCCCCAGACCUGAAACAUAGCCUAUAUUCAAGACCCCCCAGACCUGAAACAUAGCCUAUAUUCAAGACCCCCCAGACCUGAAACAUAGCCUGUAUUCAAGACCCCUCCAGACCUGAAACAUAGCCUGUAUUCAAGACCCCCCAAACCUGAAACAUAGCCUAUAUUGAAGACCCCUCCAGACCUGAAACAUAGCCUGUAUUCAAGACCCCCCAGACCUGAAACAUAGCCUAUAUUCAAGACCCCCCAGACCUGAAACAUAGCCUGUAUUCAAGACCCCCCAGACCUGAAACAUAGCCUAUAUUCAAGACCCCCCAGACCUGAAACAUAGCCUGUAUUCAAGACCCCCCAGACCUGAGAGGUAGUGAAGUUUCUCCAUGAUUCUACUUUCUGUAGUUUUGACUGUGUGGUGAUAGAUGUUACCACUGAGGGCCACUUCAGAGAAACAGUUUCAGGAUGAUAACCUGAUAAUGACAACAACAGUGCUUAUUGGUCUGUCUGGGUCAGGUUAAGGGGAUAAUGCUUAUUGGUCUGUCUGGGUCAGGUUAAGGGGAUAAUGCUUAUUGGUCUGUCUGGGUCAGGUUAAGGGGAUAAUGCUUAUUGGUCUGGGUCAGGUUAAGGGGAUAAUGCUUAUUGGUCUGUCUGGGUCAGGUUAAGGGGAUAAUGCUUAUUGGUCUGUCUGGGUCAGGUUAAGGGGAUAAUGCUUAUUGGUCUGGGUCAGGUUAAGGGGAUAAUGCUUAUUGGUCUGUCUGGGUCAGGUUAAGGGGAUAAUGCUUAUUGGUCUGGGUUAGGUUAAGGGGAUAAUGCUUAUUGAUCUGGCUGGGUCAGGUUAAGGGGAUAAUGCUUAUUGGUCUGUCUGGGUCAGGUUAAGGGGAUAAUGCUUAUUGGUCUGUCUGGGUCAGGUUAAGGGGAUAAUGCUUAUUGGUCUGGGUCAGGUUAAGGGGAUAAUGCUUAUUGGUCUGUCUGGGUCAGGUUAAGGGGAUAAUGCUUAUUGGUCUGGGUCAGGUUAAGGGGAUAAUGCUUAUUGGUAUGUCUGGGUUAGGUUAAGGGGAUAAUGCUUAUUGGUCUGUCUGGGUUAGGUUAAGGCGAUAAUGCUUAUUGGUCUGGGUUAGGUUAAGGGGAUAAUGCUUAUUGGUCUGGGUUAGGAUAAGGGGAUAAUGCUUAUUGGGAUGUCUGGGUUAGGUUAAGGUUAUAAUGCUUAUUGAUCUGUCUGGGUCAGGUUAAGGGGAUAAUGCUUAUUGGUCUGUCUGGGUCAGGGUAAGGGGAUAAUGCUUAUUGGUCUGUCUGGGUCAGGUUAAGGGGAUAAUGCUUAUUGAUCUGUCUGGGUCAGGUUAAGGGGAUAAUGCUUAUUGGUCUGGGUUAGGUUAAGGGGAUAAUGCUUAUUGGUAUGUCUGGGUUAGGUUAAGGGGAUAAUGCUUAUUGGUCUGGGUCAGGUUAAGGGGAUAAUGCUUAUUGGUCUGUCUGGGUCAGGUUAAGGGGAUAAUGCUUAUUGGUCUGGGUUAGGUUAAGGGGAUAAUGCUUAUUGAUCUGGCUGGGUCAGGUUAAGGGGAUAAUGCUUAUUGGUCUGUCUGGGUCAGGUUAAGGGGAUAAUGCUUAUUGGUCUGUCUGGGUCAGGUUAAGGGGAUAAUGCUUAUUGGUCUGGGUCAGGUUAAGGGGAUAAUGCUUAUUGGUCUGUCUGGGUCAGGUUAAGGGGAUAAUGCUUAUUGGUAUGUCUGGGUUAGGUUAAGGGGAUAAUGCUUAUUGGUCUGUCUGGGUUAGGUUAAGGCGAUAAUGCUUAUUGGUCUGGGUUAGGUUAAGGGGAUAAUGCUUAUUGGUCUGGGUUAGGAUAAGGGUAUAAUGCUUAUUGGUAUGUCUGGGUUAGGUUAAGGUGAUAAUGCUUAUUGAUCUGUCUGGGUCAGGUUAAGGGGAUAAUGCUUAUUGGUCUGUCUGGGUCAGGGUAAGGGGAUAAUGCUUAUUGGUCUGUCUGGGUCAGGUUAAGGGGAUAAUGCUUAUUGAUCUGUCUGGGUCAGGUUAAGGGGAUAAUGCUUAUUGGUCUGGGUUAGGUUAAGGGGAUAAUGCUUAUUGGUAUGUCUGGGUUAGGUUAAGGGGAUAAUGCUUAUUGAUCUGUCUGGGUCAGGUUAAGGGGAUAAUGCUUAUUGGUCUGUCUGGGUUAGGUUAAGGUGAUAAUGCUUAUUGAUCUGUCUGGGUCAGGUUAAGGGGUUAAUGCUUAUUGAUCUGUCUGGGUCAGGUUAAGGGGAUAAUGCUUAUUGAUCUGUCUGGGUCAGGUUAAGGUGAUAAUGCUUAUUGAUCUGUCUGGGUCAGGUUAAGAUGCUUAUUGGUUUGUCUGGGUCAGGUUAAGGGGAUAAUGCUUAUUGAUCUGUCUGGGUCAGGUUAAGGUGAUAAUGCUUAUUGAUCUGUCUGGGUCAGGUUAAGGGGAUAAUGCUUAUUGGUCUGUCUGGGUCAGGUUAAGGGGAUAAUGCUUAUUGAUCUGUCUGGGUCAGGUUAAGGGGAUAAUGCUUAUUGAUCUGUCUGGGUCAGGUUAAGGGGAUAAUGCUUAUUGAUCUGUCUGGGUCAGGUUAAGGGGAUAAUGCUUAUUGAUCUGUCUGGGUUAGGUUAAGGGGAUAAUGUUUAUUGAUCUGUCUGGGUCAGGUUAAGGGGAUAAUGCUUAUUGAUCUGUCUGGGUUAGGUUAAGGUGAUAAUGCGUAUUGGUCUGUCUGGAUUAGGUUAAGGUGAUAAUGUUUAUUGAUCUGUCUGGGUCAGGUUAAGGGGAUAAUGCUUAUUGAUCUGUCUGGGUUAGGUUAAGGUGAUAAUGCGUAUUGGUCUGUCUGGAUUAGGUUAAGGUGAUAAUGCUUAUUGGUCUGGGUUUUGUUUCAGCCUCCAACCAACAAUGCCUCCGUCCCUGAAGCCGGCCAGAUCAGAGUCCAGCCCAACGUCGUCCCCAUCCACUGUCAGAACAAGGUACGCCUCACAUGGCACUGGGAAGCAUAUUGUGAACAUAUAGACUGCAUCCAAAAUGGCACCCUUUUCCCUAUAUAGUGCACUACCUUUGACCAGGGCCAAUAGGGAUCUGGUCAAAAGUAGUGCACUAUGUAGGGAAUAGGGUGCCAUUUCCGAUGCAGCAAUACCAUGAACCUGUAGAUACCUUGCAACAUGCUGUCAGGGAUAAUGCUAUGCUUGGUCGCUGUAUGUGGUUUUUAGUCCUACUAGAUUUAGGCUAUAUUCAGUCGUAAUAUAGAACUAGUUGGUACCUUAGGAAAAAGAUCCAACACUGUUCUGUUAUGGCAGCCUACUAACUGUGAUGUCAUCCUGUCAUUCUCUCUACAGAGAGAGGAGGACGCUAGCAAGAUUGGUGAGAUCAAGUACUAUGGCAUGGGCCUGGGAUUCCCCCUCCAAUACUACCCCUACUAUGGCAAGCUGCUGCACCCCCAGUACCUGCAGCCCCUGGUGGCCAUCCAGUUCACCAACCUCACCUUCAACCAGGAGCUGCGUCUCGAGUGCAAAGUAUACGGAGCCAACAUCGACUACAGCGAGAAAGAUCGCUACCAAGGACGCUUUGACGUUAAGUUCACUAUCGCCAAUUCA